AUGCUGAAAGCGAAUACGCAGUAUACUGAUAGAGAUAUUCGAGAGUGGCAUGCUGGUUUCCUUCGUGAUUGUCCAACAGGCAAACUCAACAAAAAACAAUUUGUUGAAGUGUACCAAAAAUUUUAUCCGCAUGGCAAAGCAGAUGCUUUCUGCAAGUUUGCAUUUUCCAUGUUCGAUGCCAAUCACGAUGGAACAAUUGAUUUUGAUGAAUUUCUACUGGCUGUUGCUGCUACGAGUCAAGGCAGUUUAGAUGAUCGACUCGAAGUUGCCUUUGAUAUGUGUGAUAUUUCCAAUGAUGGACAAAUCGAUCAAAAAGAAUUGGCCGGUAUGAUAUCGGCUAUAUAUGACCUUACGGGUGAAACUGAUCGCAAAGGAGAUCGUGAUCCAAAGAAACGUGCUGCGGAAAUAAUUCGCAAGCUCGAUGUCGGUGGCGAUCGAAAAUUGAGCAAACAAGAGUUCAUUGCUGGAUGCAAAAGCGAUCCGAUGAUUCGUCGUCUACUUGCUCCCAAUGUUUAA